GGCUCGUCCUGAUUUGCCUGACUUGCCAGCCGGGAUUUGCAUACAGGUGUCCUGAGCCCCGUUUGAUAGUCAAACCAGGCAGCUCCUCUUUCUCACUCUCCGCGCUGCGCAGCCCGCAUCCAGUCGCUGUGUGAGAGGAGCGCAGGGGAGUGCCGACCGACAAACACCUAUUAGCCGCCUACGCCUCCUCUUCUCUCGCAGUAGCCGGAGAGAAGCCACUUUCAGCCGAUACUGUCGCCGUUGAAGCCCGAUCAGCGUCCUCCAUCCACCGGUCCUCCCCGGCAGGCCGGAAGCAACUGCAUCAUGGCAGAGUUGGACGUCCCACAGAUGAAGAGAGAAGUGGAAAGUCUUCAGUAUCAACUGGCGAUCAACAGAGAAAAAUCCUCCAUUACUGUAACGGAGCUGGUGAAGUGGAUUGAAGGCUGUGUUUGUGAAGAUCCAUUUCUGAACCCUGAGCUUAUGCGAGCCAACCCCUGGGUAGAAAAGGGCAAGUGUGUGAUCCUCUAGUGGUCACACACACAAUCAAAGAUGUAUAUAAUCUGAAAAAACAAAAAGCAUGCACUCUCACACCGCCUUGCUGCAUGAAUUCACUCCCAAAAAUCAUUGCUUUAAUUUCUGUUUAUUUAUUUGGAGAUUUCUGGAUGCUGUUGCUUGAUGUGUCAGACUGAGUGUGCAACAUGGAACAUCUUUCCUUGGGUCUCGCAAUGUUCUUUUUUUUUGGCUUUUUGCACUGUCAAUCCAAAUAAAGACUGUUUGAAUUAACAAA